GCCGGGGCGGGAGCGGCGCGGGCGGCGGUGGACCAGGGCGCAGCCGUGGGACCUCAUUGGGGGAAUUUGAUCCUAGGAAACUGGGAGAGUGCGGGGGGAGGAGAAGCUCCGGAUCACUGAGUCCACCUCGGUGAGGAGGAGGAGACCGCGGACGGCCUCUGGGCGGCCGCACCACUACUGCACCCCGUCCCAUCGUGCCGGGAGCAUGGUCUCCGGCAGCCGGGGAGGGAUGCUGCUGCUGCGGACGGGGCUGCUCGCCCUGGCUGCUCUCUGCCUGCUCCGGGUGCCCGGAGCCCGGGCUGCAGCCUGUGAGCCCGUCCGCAUCCCCCUGUGCAAGUCCCUGCCCUGGAACAUGACCAAGAUGCCCAACCACCUACACCACAGCACCCAGGCCAACGCCAUCCUGGCCAUCGAGCAGUUUGAAGGUCUGCUGGGCACCCACUGCAGCCCAGACCUGCUCUUCUUCCUGUGUGCCAUGUACGCGCCCAUCUGCACCAUCGACUUCCAGCACGAGCCCAUCAAGCCCUGCAAGUCGGUGUGCGAGCGGGCCCGGCAGGGCUGCGAACCCAUCCUCAUCAAGUACCGCCACUCGUGGCCAGAGAGCCUGGCCUGCGAGGAGCUGCCGGUGUACGACCGCGGCGUGUGCAUCUCUCCUGAGGCCAUUGUCACCGCGGAUGGAGCCGAUUUUCCUAUGGAUUCUAGCAAUGGAAACUGUAGAGGGGCAAGCAGUGAACGCUGCAAAUGUAAGCCUAUUAGAGCUACACAGAAGACCUAUUUCCGGAACAAUUACAACUAUGUGAUUCGGGCAAAAGUCAAAGAGGUAAAGACUAAGUGCCAUGAUGUGACUGCAGUAGUUGAAGUGAAGGAGAUCUUGAAGGCUUCUCUGGUAAACAUUCCAAAGGACACUGUGAACCUUUAUACUAGCUCUGGCUGCCUGUGCCCUCCUCUUAAUGUUAACGAGGAAUAUAUCAUCAUGGGCUAUGAAGAUGAAGAACGCUCCAGAUUACUUUUGGUGGAAGGUUCUAUAGCUGAGAAAUGGAAAGAUCGACUUGGUAAAAAAGUGAAGCGUUGGGAUGUGAAGCUCCGUCAUCUGGGACCAAGUAAAAGUGAUUCUAGCCAUAGUGAUUCCACUCAGAGCCAGAAGUCUGGCAGGAACUCUAACCCACGGCAGGCACGCAACUAAAUUCUGAAAUGGAAAUAAGUAUGAUCAGUGGACUUUCUAUUAAGACUUGCAUUGCUGGACUAGCAAAGGAAAAUUGCACUAUUGCACGUCGUAUUCUAUUGUUUACUACAAAAAUCAUGUGGUAACUUAUUCUACUUCUAUUUCCUCUUUUGUUUUCUGCUUUUCUCUCCCCAAGCCCUCUUUUUGUGUGGUCUGGCUACAGAUCCUUACAUAAUUAUGGAUUUUCUAUUUCACUAAUCAUGGGACAACUGCUCUUUUGCAAUAAUAGUAAUAAUAAAUUAAACAUCCUAAUACCAGGGCCUCUUUGCUGCUGUUCCCUGAUGUUAAUUUCCUGUUCUGCACCCAGAUUGGGAGGGCGGUAUUGGAUGCAGAGAGAGGUUUCUGGUAAGCACAGAACACUAGAUACGCUGUAAAACACACUCUGCUGAUCUGAUUACAGCUUCAUUUCCCUGUGCCUUUAGGCAUUCUCCUCCUGCUUAGGAUGUUUUAAAUGUUUAUAAAGGUACAAUGGCAGUUUGCAAUCAGAUGCCACAGAGGCAGGGCAAUCAAGCACCAGGAAGCAUUUAUGAAGAAAUGACACACAAGAUGAUUUAUUUGCAAGAUUGGCAGGAAACAAAAUAAACAGUGUUAGGACCUGGGGGACAAGCAUUUUGCCUAAUUGAGAAGCACAACUGACAUCAGUAGCUGUUGGAACUUUAACGGUAGCUUUUUUUUUUUUUUUUGCCACAUGUUUGCUUUGUUCAUGAAUAUAUUAACCAGCAUUAGGGUAAGGAAUUAUAACUAGACAUCUGCUAUUAUCAGCAUAGCUGCUUUUGAUUUGCUUCCCUUUAAACAAAUUCAUUGGUGGGAGUC